CUCCGGUGCCUGCGCGCGCAGAGCAUCGGAGGGCGCCGGCGGGAAGGUACGCGGCGGGUAAGCGAGGCCUGCGUACGGUCUGUGUUUCUCACAGGUUGGGAACUUCCUCGUGUCCUCUCCGGACCGGGAAGGGAAAGGGACUGGAGCUUUGGAACGCACUGUACUUUCGCUUUCCUCCUGUCACCUCCGGAGGCGCUCUGACCGUCCAAGUGUUUUCGCCGUCUUGGAGGUUCCUCCAGUCUACGGCGCCGCGGCCUCUGCUCUCCCCAGGGCCAGACCUUGUCCCUGAUUUCUGCCGGCUCCAGUCUGAAAUUCCUCCCAUGCUUGAGCCGUCAAUAGCACAGAGAUGACUUUCUUCUUCUAGUGUGGACCAGUUUAGGCAGAAUUUUAGUUACAGCCUCCGACUCAAGCACAAAGAGUCGCAGUUGUUUUGAUGCUCAGCUGGAGUUCUGGCCCCCUUUCUUAAUCAACUUUCAGCAGCUCUUGAGAGCGAAAUCGAGGCCACCAAAGGGUAGAAGCAGAUAAUGGGUAACUGUGUCUUUCAUUAAUCUUCAAUCACCAUGUCUAAGGAGGAGUACGCCAAGGCUGCUGACAGUUCAUUUUCCUCUGAUAAACAUGCCCAGCUCAUCUUGGCCCAGAUGAACAAAAUGAGAACCGGGCAGCAUUUCUGCGAUGUCCAGCUACAGGUGGGGAAGGAAACCUUUCAGGUUCACCGUCUGGUCCUGGCCGCCAGUAGUCCAUACUUUGCAGCUUUGUUCACUGGAGGAAUGAAAGAGUCCUCGAAAGACGUUGUACAGAUUCUAGGAGUUGAAGCUGGAAUCUUUCAGUUACUUCUAGAUUUCAUUUAUACAGGGUUAGUGAACAUAGCUGUGAGUAACGUCCAGGAGCUGAUUGUUGCAGCAGACAUGCUACAGUUGACCGAAGUUGUUAAUCUUUGCUGUGAUUUUCUGAAAGGACAAAUUGAUCCUCAGAACUGCAUUGGACUCUUCCAGUUCUCUGAGCAAAUUGCCUGCCAUGAUCUUUUGGAAUUUACAGAAAAUUAUAUUCAUGUCCAUUUCUUGGAGGUUCAUAGUGGGGAAGAGUUCCUGGCACUUACAAAAGAUCAACUGAUCAGAAUUUUACGGAGCGAAGAACUUAGCAUUGAAGACGAAUACCAAGUCUUCUUAGCUGCAAUGCAGUGGAUUCUGAAAGAUCUGGGAAAGAGAAGGAAACAUGUGGUGGAAGUGUUAGAUCCAGUUCGAUUCCCUUUGUUACCAUCUCAGAGGCUUUUAAAGUACAUAGAAGGAGUAUCUGAUUUUAAUCUUCGAGUUGCACUGCAAACGCUUUUGAAAGAGUACUGUGAGGUCUGCAAGUCUCCCAAAGAGAACAAGUUUUGUAGUUUUCUGCAGACGUCUAAAGCUCGACCUCGGAAGAAAGCAAGAAAAUAUCUGUAUGCAGUAGGUGGAUACACGCGGCUGCAGGGGGGGCGUUGGAGUGACAGCAGAGCCCUCAGCUGUGUAGAGCGUUUCGAUACCUUUAGCCAGUACUGGACCACUGUGUCCUCACUUCAUCAGGCUCGGUGCGGUCUUGGAGUUGCAGUUUUAGGAGGAAUGGUCUAUGCUAUUGGAGGAGAAAAGGAUUCGAUGAUCUUUGACUGUACUGAGUGUUAUGAUCCAGUUACUAAACAAUGGACAACUGUUGCUUCAAUGAAUCACCCCCGCUGUGGAUUGGGAGUGUGUGUGUGCUACGGGGCAAUCUAUGCUUUGGGUGGGUGGGUUGGAGCUGAGAUUGGUGACACCAUUGAACGAUUUGAUCCUGAUGAAAAUAAAUGGGAAGUUGUUGGCAACAUGGCAGUGUCACGCUACUACUUUGGGUGCUGUGAAAUGCAAGGUUUAAUUUAUGCAGUUGGAGGAAUCAGCAAUGAGGGACUAGAGCUCCGUUCCUUUGAGGUUUAUGAUCCACUUUCCAAGCGCUGGUCUCCACUUCCUCCUAUGGGAACCAGAAGAGCAUAUCUUGGGGUGGCAGCACUCAAUGACUGCAUUUAUGCUAUUGGAGGGUGGAAUGAGACACAAGACGCCCUUCAUACUGUAGAAAAAUACUCCUUUGAAGAGGAAAAGUGGAUUGAAGUUGCUUCAAUGAAAGUGCCUAGAGCAGGCAUGUGUGUUGUGGCAGUCAAUGGUCUUCUGUAUGUUUCUGGAGGCCGAUCUUCUAGCCAUGAUUUCUUGGCCCCAGGUACUUUGGACUCGGUUGAAGUUUACAACCCUCAUUCAGAUACUUGGACUGAAAUUGGUAAUAUGAUCACUAGUCGUUGUGAAGGGGGUGUUGCUGUAUUGUGACAGCGAAGGCACAGAAGCACAAGGAACAUUUUGAAAAUGUAGGUUCUGACCAUUUGCAAAUGAAACAUGUAUUUGUAAUAUGAUCUUCUGAUUCUUUUGAGUAUUCUAUAUAUUGAAUAGAUGAGUAAAGAAUGAUUUUUUUUUAAUUUGAAUGAGAAUGGAUAUGGAACAUAUCUUAAAUUAAUAAAGUACUCUUACAAUUUUUCAAAACUUAGCAACAAUACAAACGGUAUUUAUGCCUUACAGUUAUUCAGUUCUCAAUAGAAUCCUAAUUGUAAGAAUUGUUUGCUAGAAUCUUCUAGACAAUAGUGUGUUUUGGUUAUUCCUCCAGUGCCAUUCAAGUGGAAACAUAGCCUGUAUAUAGUGUAAAGAUGAGACAGUUAAAAUUUUUCUAUAAUUCAUGAUUUGAUCCAGAACAUAAUUUCCCUGAUGUCACGUGACCUACAGAGAAGUCACCGAAGCUGUCCCCCAUUAUUUUAUUGGCAGCAGAAUAUUAGGAAGGGAGAUAGUGAAUAUCUGGGUUUUUUGUUUUGUUUUCUGAGACAGGGUCUCUAUGUAGCUCUGGCUGUUUUGGAACUUUCUAUGUAGACCAGGCUGGCCUCAAAGUCAGAGAGAUCUGUCUGUUCCUGCCUCCUAAGUGCUGGGAUAUCUAGAUAUCUAGAUAGGUCUUGCUUUUGAUAGUCUAAGAGAAUAUUUUGCUUUGAUUCUGAGAAUGCAGGUAAGGAAUUAAUAGGUUCUUGGUGAAAGUUUUUUACUUAUUUUUAUUUAUAUGGCUGUGUGUGUACGUGUGUGUCUAUAUGUGGGCUAUGUAUGCGCGGGUGCCUGCUCUGGCCAGAAGAGGGAGUAAUAUCCCCUGGAACUGGAGUUACAGGUGUUUGUAAGCUGCCUGAUGUGGGUGCUGGGAACUGAACGAUUAGGUCCUUAGAAAGGGGUGCAAGUGCUCUUAGCUUUUGAGCCCUCUCUCUAAUCCCCCUUGAUGACAGUUGGUUUUCAGUAUAUGUGUGAGAGUUUUACCUGCAGUUUUGUCUGGAAUCUGGCAUUAAUGAUGGUUGUGAACUGCCAUGUGAGUGCUGGGGCCUUCUGAAAGAGCAGCCAGUGCUCCCAACUGCUGAGCCAUCUUUUAAGUCCAUUAUGACAGUUCUUUAUUGAAGUGGUAUGUAAUGGGUAUAAGGGUCCCACCAGGCAUCAUUACUUAGAAGUUUCUUUAUUUCCUAGGUAGUUAUCAACUGUUUAGUUUUAGAAAGAGGGACUUUUGUUAGAUUAUCAAGCUUUGUUUACUUGUCCUUGGGUAAGCGUAUGCAAUAGCUUACUAUACUACUACUGCCUGGUUUGGAAAAAGCUGAAUUGUAGUUACAGUUUUUGCUUGCUUUGUUUUUGAGACAGCCUUACUUCUACAGCCCAGGUUAACGGUGAACUCUCAACAUUCUAUCUGCUUCAGCCUGCCAAGUGUAUGAGCCACCACACAUGGCUGUAGGUACAGUUUUGAAUAUCCUUAUUCUGAAAUCUGCAAGUUUUUGAAUGGGAACAUCUAAUGCAAAAAAAAAAAGAAGAAAAAAGGUUUUGGAUAUUGGAUCAUUUUAGAUUUCUGAUUUUCGGGUUAGAGAGAUGGCUCAGUGGUUAAGAGCACUGACUGCUCUUCCAGAGGUCCUGAGUUCAAUUCCCAGCAACCACAUGGUGGCUCACAACCAUCUGUAAUGGGAUCUGAUGUGUCUGAAGACAUCUACAGUGUACUUAUAUACAUAAAAUAGAUAAAUAAAUCUUAUUUUUUUUCUUUUUAUUUUUUUUUCUUUCGGAGCUGGAGACCGAACCCAGGGCCUUGCAGUUGCUGGGCAAGCGCUCUACCACUGAGCUAAAUCCCCAACCCCCUUAAAUAAAUCUUAAAAAAGGAUAGAUUUCUGAUUUUCAAAAUUAGGGAUAUUCAGCUGAUGAGUGCUACAUAAAAAUUCUAAAAUCUGAUGUAUUCUGAAAUCCAAACCCUUCUAGUCCCAAGCAUUUCAGAUCUUUAUCAGGGAUUUAACCUGUAUAUGUGCAAAUGGUUUAUAGACAAAAAUUGUCAAGUUUUAACUACCUUGGAUCUAAAACGGCCUCUAAAAAGCUUCAUGUCCCUGAUAGUCAUUAUAGGAGUCGUUUUUUGCUGAACUGUGAAGGCCAUCAUCAUCGCUUUUAUCUGCUAGCCAGUUAGAACCCCUUUAUUGAGGUUUUGCAUAUUUUAGACUUAAAUGGCUAAGGCAGAAAUGUAAUGUCGAGAUGUUCAGUAUUUGGGUAUGUAUGAUUAGUACAGCAGAGUCCUGAAACGUCAGCUAAAUGUGCACUAGUUCUUGGGCCAUAACACAUUGUUUUUGAAAGAAUGUACUAAUUAAUAAAAUUCUGUUUUCUUUGAAUUAACUUAGUUCAUUAGCAUUACUGGAUUAACAAAGUGUUAAUAGUAUUACACUGGCUUUUGUUUUUAAUUUUAGAAAUGUAUAUUUACUUAUAUAAUUCCAUUUUCAAAGAAAUUAAAGUGAUCUUUCUCCAAAA